CUGUGUGGGUAGCGGGCGGCAUGUCGGCGCUACGCUGGACCAGAGGCGCAGCGGGACUCGGCAGGGCGUUGAGCUCCUCUGGACGCCGCCGCCCGACUUCGGAGGAAGGGACCCUCAGUGGCCUCUGCAGCUCAAGAAGGAGCUCUGCUGCCAGCCCCCGUGAGCAAGAUGCCCAAAAGGAGUGGGGCCAUGCUGAGCUGCUGGAAGUGCUGGAGGCUCGGGUGCGGCAGCUGCAGGCAGAGAGCAGAUCCAAGGGGAAGGGGAAGAAGGUGCAGAUGGACCGGCCCGCGAAGGGCCGCAGCAGCCGCUGGUCCCAGAAGCUGGAGGCCGAGAAGGAGAUGAAGCGGAAGCGCCAGGAAUUUCUUGACAUGCAGCAGAAGCAAACCCACACCCUGCACACAGAGCCCUGGAUCUGGAGCAGGAAGGAUCUGGCUGACUGCCUGCAGCCAAGCAAGAAGGGGGCAGCCAGGAGCUCAGAGGAGGAGGAGCGGCGGCUGGCCCGGGCUCUGCAGGCCGCCCUGCCGAAGCUCAGUUCCUGCACCCCAGCCAGUGCCAAGGCCGUGGUGGUAGAGCCGAACACCUUGUUCCUCCAGCAGAAGUUUCUGGCCUUCUUUGAGUGCUGCGCCUGCACCAGCAACAUGGCCCUCGCCCAUCACGUGCUGGUCACUCAGCACAAGUGUGACAAGCAGCCGCUGCUCACACUGGACAUGUAUAACACCGUGAUGCUGGGCUGGGCCCGACAGGGCUCCUUCAAGGAGCUGGUGUACGUGUUCGUCAUGUUGAAGGAUGCUGGCCUCUCUCCCGACCUGUGUUCCUACGCAGCCGCACUCCAGUGCAUGGGACGCAGGGACCAGGAUGUCCACAUCAUCCAGAGGUGUCUGAAGGAGAUGGUGGAGGCAGGCUUCCAGCCUCAGCAGAUCUUCACCGACCUGGACCUGGCCGGGGAUGAGCGGGCCGCAGUGCUGAGAGCCGUGCUCAAGGCUGAGCCUGCCUUCAGUCUUCCGCCACAGGCCCCAGAUCCGGUCAACACGUCCACACUGCUCAAGGAGAUCUACGCCAAGAAGGGUCCCAAGUCCUACCCGAAGCUGCACCUGCCCCUGGAGACCCUGCGGGACCUGUUUGACGAGCAGCUGCGUGUGGAGCUGAGCCCUUGCGUCUGCAUCCCGUCGGUGGAGAAGGCCCCAGUAAUGACCAAGGAGGUCACUGAGGCGCGGAAGACCCUGAAGACGCUGCGGGAGCAGUGGGAAAGGGAGCUGCUCCGAGUGCUGCAGCAGACCAAGGCCACCAUGGCCUGCCAGGCCCACGAGGGCCAGCCCACCCUCUACCCCUUCCUGUGCCUGCUCAGUGAGGAGGAGUUUGUGGGCAUGCUGAUGCAGGUUCUGCGGGUGCUGCCGGCCCAGGGCGAGCCCCUCCUCCACCUGGCCCAAGACCUGGGCCUUCGGGUCUUAAAUCGGCAUUUGGUGAAGCAGAAGCAGGUCACCAACCACGUGCAGAAGCUGGGACAGCAGUACUCGAAGUACCUGCGGCUGCUGGCUUCUGACACGCAGGUGGAGACGCCCUGCCUUCCUCGGGAGUACUGGGAAUCGCUGGGCCCCCUGGAGGCCCCGCUGCAGCAGCCCUGGUCCCUGGCGGUGCUGCUGCAUCUGGGCAAGCAGCUGGCCGAGUUGCUGGUGCAGGCGGUGCAGAUGCCGCGCAGCCUGGCCACCCCGGCCACCCCGCAGGGCUCGAGCCACCUCAUCCCGGUGCUCUACCACGUGUACUCCUUCCGAAGCUACCGCCAGAUCGGCAUCCUCAAGCCUCACCCUGCCUUUACGCAGCUGCUGGAGACGGCAGCGGAGCCCACGCUGAUCUUUGAGACCACAGAAGUGCCUAUGCUGUGCCCGCCGUUGCCCUGGACGUCACCGCACGCCGGCGCCUAUCUGCUGAGCUCCACCAAGCUGAUGCGUGCCAUGGAGGGGACCACGCAGCACCAGCACCUCCUGAAGCGCUGCGCUCCCACCCAGCUGCACGGUGCCCUGGACGCACUCACGCAGCUGGGGAACUGCGCCUGGCGUGUCAAUGGGCGCCUGCUGGACCUGGUGCUGCAGAUCUUCAGGGACAAGGGCUGUGCGCGCCUGGGCGUUCCUCCUCCACCCUCAGAGGCGCCACGGCCAGCUCAGCCACAGCUGCCGCCCGGCUCCUCACCUCUGCAAAAGGCGGAGCUGCGGAAGGAGCUGGCGCGCUGCCUCAAAGCGGCUCGGGAGAUGCACAGCCUGCGCAUCGAUUCCCUGUACCGCCUGUCGCUGGCGCAGCACCUGCGCAACCGCGUCUUCUGGCUGCCGCACAACAUGGACUUCCGCGGCCGCACCUACCCCUGCCCGCCUUACUUCAACCACUUGGGCAGCGACCUGGCGCGUGCGCUGUUGGAGUUCGCUGAGGGCCGGCCCCUGGGGCCGCAUGGCCUCGACUGGCUCAAGAUCCACCUGGUCAACAUGACUGGCCUCAGGAAGUGUGACUCACUGAGCAUGCGCCUGGCCUUCGCAGACGAGGUCAUGGAGGAGAUCUUGGACUCUGCAGACAACCCCAUGACGGGCCGGAAGUGGUGGAUGGAGGCUGAUGAGCCCUGGCAGACCCUGGCCUGCUGCAUGGAGGUGGCACGCGCUGUGCGGUCCCCAGACCCCACUGCCUACGUCUCUCACCUGCCGAUUCACCAGCUCACGGGCGCCCCUUGUGGCCAGGAUGGCUCCUGCAAUGGCCUGCAGCAUUACGCCGCCCUGGGCCGGGACAGCGUGGGCGCCGCCUCGGUCAACCUCACGCCCUCGGACCUGCCUCAGGAUGUGUACAGGGAGGUGGCAGCGCAGGUGGAGGAGUUCCGCCGGGAGGACGCCAAGGAGGGCCUGCGGGUGGCCCAGGUGCUGAAGGGCUUCAUCACUCGCAAGGUGGUGAAGCAGACGGUGAUGACCGUGGUGUACGGGGUCACGCGCUACGGCGGGCGCCUGCAGAUAGAGAAGCGCCUGCGCGAAGUCAGCGACUUCCCCCAGGAGUUUGUCUGGGAAGCCUCACACUACCUCGUGCGCCUGGUCUUCAAAAGUCUACAGGAGAUGUUCUCCAGCACCCGGGCCAUCCAGCACUGGCUGACCGAGAGCGCCAACCUCAUCUCUCACGCGGGCUGGCCCGUGGAGUGGGUCACACCCCUGGGCAUCCCCAUCAUACAGCCGUAUCACCGUGAGGCCAAGAUCCAGGUAAAAGGUGGCAUCCAGAGCCUCACCUUCACCAGCUCGGUGGACAUCAGCCAGAAACCCAACACUCUGAAGCAGAAGAAUGGCUUCCCUCCCAACUUCAUCCACUCGCUGGACUCCUCCCACAUGAUGCUGACUGCCCUGUACUGCUACAGGAGGGGCCUGACCUUCGUCUCUGUGCAUGACUGCUUCUGGACGCACGCCGCGGACAUCCCGGUGAUGAACGAGGUGUGUCGCGAGCAGUUCGUGCGUCUGCAUAGCCAGCCCAUCCUGGAGGACCUGGCGAAGUUCCUGGAGAAGCGCUUCUGCUCUGCCUCCAGGUCCCUGAAGCCCUCGGAACGCGUCCUGGUCGCCAAGCUGCAGGAGACGCUACGGUCAUUGCCAGAGACGGGUACCUUCGAUCUGGAGCAGGUGAUGAGAUCCACCUACUUCUUCAGCUGACCCACCCUGUGCUGUCCCUAGCCCUGUGCAUAGUGUAAAUAAAUUAAUGUCUGUGUCACUUAC